AAAAAAAAAGAAAGAAAGGAAAGAGAUAGAGAUAGAGAUAGAGAGAAACUGUCUACACAAUCUUGGCAGGAAUCAACACACUCAUCCACUAAAGCAACCAUCUUUCUGUAAAAUCGUCCUCUAGGUUUAAUUGAUACGAACGAAUCAGGUCCGUAGUCAUUCCAGGUCUCAAUUCAAUUGACAAAAAGGUGAUUCUGAAAAAAAAAAGGAAAUGAAUGAUUACAGGGAUAGGAUCAGUAAACUACCAGACGACUUCCUUUUACAGAUCCUCUCACGUCUCCCGACAAAAGACGUCGUGGCCAUGAGUCUCUUAUCCAAACGAUACCAUUUCCUCUGGACACUACUCCCCAAACUCAACUUCGAACUCAUGCUUCACUCCAACAACACAUCCCCUAAAUUCACAAAGUUCGUAGACAGGUCCUUGCUGCUGCACAAGGCCCCCACCUUAGAGACUCUACGCGUCAAGAUCGGUUCCGUCUCCCACACAGCAGACGUGGACGUCGCCGUGUGGGUCAGAACCGCCGUGGACCGCGGCGUGCGCGAGCUCGACAUCAGCUACUGCCCCGCCGAGGAGCCUGUAAGACUCCCCAAGUGCUUGUUCCCUUGCACGUCCCUCGUGGCUCUGAAACUCGAGAACAUGAGCCUCGUCGAUGCCUCCUCUUCCUACGUUUGCUUUAACUCGGUCAAGACUCUGCAUCUUCUCGACGUGAAGUACUUUGACGAGCAGUCGCUUCCUCGUCUCUUGUCCUCUUGCUCGGUUCUGGAGGAUUUGGUUGUGCAGAGGUGUCCUGGUGACAAUGUUAAGAUCGUCUCUGUGAAUGCCGUGUGCUUGAAGACUCUUACUCUGCAUAAAUCUUCUCAGGCUUUUGAAGGGGAUGACGAUGGGUUCUUGAUAGCUGCGCCUAAGCUGAAGCGGCUUGAUAUUGAGGAUUAUUGGGGUGGGUUUUGUUAUAUUGAGAACAUGCCUGAGGUUGUUGAGGCUAAUGUUGAUGUUAUUUAUAAGAACACUGAGAGGAUUCUUGGAUCUCUCACCUCUGUUAAGCGUCUUGCGUUGUGUCUGAUGACUUCAGAUGCAGCUUAUCCAGCUGGUACGGUCUUCUCUCAGCUAGUUCAUCUAGAGCUAUGCACAUGUGCGCCACGGUGGUGGGAUCUACUCACUCGAGUGAUUGAAGAUUCACCUAAACUAAGAGUUCUUAAACUCCGCCAGAAACAUAUUAGACGUACCUCUAGUCCGAGGGCUAGCUGGAAGCAACCUGCUGCUUCUCUUCCGAAAGGGUUGUCUCUGGAGACCUUCAAGUGGGAGCUAUACGAAGGAACGCAGAAGCAGAAGGAAGUGGCGAAGUUCAUCUUACAACACGCUACUCGGUUGAAGAAAGUGAUCGUCUCUCCCAAGCCAAGCACUAGCCUGCUGGAGAAACACGAGAUGCUCAAGGAGUUGUCUUCUGCUCCGCGCGGUUCUAGUACAUGCCAGCUCUUGUUCCUCGACUGAAAAUAAGAAAAAAAAGAAGAAAUGGACUUAAAAGUCACCUUUGUUAUUGUAUGUGUUUAGUUUAACAUUGUUUGGAUUGUUUGCCUUCAUUGAUCUUUAAUGUUAGAACCUCUCAAAACUA